CCUCCCCCAUUUUGCACAAUGGUGAUCCGAACCAGCGGCCAUCGGAGGCUUUUGCAGCUAAAACACUAAUCAGCCAUGGCCCAGCCGAUACAUGAGGGAUUAGGCGCUGGAGGCUGGAUUACUUGUACGCGGGAGACAAAGACACGUCAGUUAUUCCGUUGAGUUAACUGAGAGAGGAGCCACGAAGACACGUCAGUCCACUCAACAAGAAGACUGAUGUGUCUUCUUCUCCCGGUUUAAUACUGGAGAAUGAUACGAGGGAGUGAUAUCCGAGGAUCCCGAUUCUCUCCUUGAAGUGUCUCCGGUCUCCGAAGUCCACAAAAACCGGAAACGGAACUGAUCCAGUUUAUUGUCCCAUUAUGCCAAAACAACCAUACUAUCGUGACUCGAUCUUCUCCUUGCGGAUUUCUUCUCGCUUCAGACGUAUAUGAUCGAUCUUCCACCAUAUCUGUCUCCAACAUUCUUAAAACAGAAAUACUUGUUUUUUCAAUCGUCAGUUUUCAAUUUCUUCGGUUGUGCGACUUGACCUGCCGAUGCGAUGGUGGUCUGCAAAUGCCGCAAGGCGACCAAGCUUUACUGCUUCGUGCAUAAGGUUCCUGUUUGUGGGGAAUGCAUUUGUUUUCCCGAGCAUCAAAUAUGUGUGGUUCGUACUUACUCAGACUGGGUAAUAGAUGGGGAAUAUGAUUGGCCUCCUACGUGCUGCCUAUGUCAUGCCAUACUUGAAGAUGGAAAUAAUCCUCAAACCACUCGAUUGGGUUGCUUGCAUGUUAUACACACAAAGUGCUUGGUAUCCCAUAUUAAAAGUUUUCCUCCACACACUGCACCAGCAGGAUAUGUGUGUCCCAUGUGUUCCACUUCGAUAUGGCCCCCUAAAAGAAUCAAAGAUUCAGGAUCCCGUCUGCAUUCAAAACUGAAGGAAGAUAUUAUGCAAACUGGUAUGGAGAAGAAUUUGUUUGGAAAUCAUCCUGUUUCAUUGACAGCAACUAAAUCCCAUGUUCCUCUUGCUAUUGCUUCCGAUCCACUUAGGCGUAUAGCUGUUUCUGGAGGCACAGAGAAUAGUAAUGCAAAUGCCUCAGAUUCUAUAAAGGACCCAACCUUGACAUCUGCGGCGGUUGAGGAAAGAAACUUGGUUGAAGGAUAUUCACCUAUGACUGGAAUAGGCUCAUCAAAACUCUCAGCUACUGAUAUUGUGGAGAUAGAUGGUCCCAGUUUAGUGGGAAAUCAAUUCAUAUCUGAUCAUGAGCCAAAUUUUAUGAAAUGUACAAGUCCUUCUGGUCCUGGUGCUACAACAAGGAAAGGUGCUUACCAUGUUGACAAUCAAAGUUCUGAAACUCAGUACUAUGCUGAUGAUGAAGAUGGAACCAGAAAGAAAUAUACUCGAAGGGAAUCUUUAGGUUUGUUACGGAGUGGGGAUGGCUGCUUCUCAGUUAAGUCCCUGACAUCUAAACUCAGCAGCACUGGUUCUGCUAAUUUCCCUUGUAAACAAAUUUGGAACCCUGUUUCUCCCUCCAAAUCCAACUUCCUUGUGUGGACUAUGGUGCUGAACAAGUGCCUCUCCAAAAUCAGCUUGGAAAGGAAGGGUCUACAGCUCUUAUCUCUCUUGUGUGGGCUUUGCAGACUCUUUCCUGAAUCCACAGGCCACCUGAGCAUCCACUGCCCUAUCUCCUCUAGAGUGUGGGAACAUUUUCUCACGGCUGCUGGAAUAUGCUGGGUCAUGCCAAGAUCAGUCAAAGACCUGUUCAGCUGGAAGAGUGCAUGCUUGAAGGAAAGAGGACAUUUAGUAUGAAAGACAAUCCAUGCGGCUGUUCUUUGGGUAAUCUGGUCAGAAAGAAACAGUAGAGUCUUUUGCAACAAGUCAAAGAGCACUGAUGAGUUAGUGCAGCAGGCGGUCAGCAAGCUGAUAUCUUGGGUGUCUGUUACUCCUAACUUUAAGCACCUGAAUGUGCCUGAAUUGUUUAGGUUCCAGUCCAUUUGGAGUCUGUAAUCUGGCUUUGUGCCCUGGCUAGUCCUUCUGUGGCCAGUUUUUCUGUUUGUAUCUUGUAUUUCUUUAUUAAUAAAAUCUUCCCUUACCUUUCAAAAAAAAAACAUUGUUCUUGAUUUUUAAAAGGGUAGAUUGUGUCAUUUAACAAAAAAUAUGGGGUUAGUGUUGAACAUGAAAGUUAUGAAAAUAGAG